AUGGCUGCUCCUCCCUGAUUAUCAGUACUACGCUGGAUCCUCCUCCUCACCAUUUCAGGCAAGUACCGCACUAUAAACUUGAAAAAAAUGUUCAACAACGUGUUGGCGUUUCACAUGACGGAGGGUAGCACAGUGAUUUUGCCGUGUCAUUACUCAGUGAAGCACCAUGGCCUGAGCCACGUCUGCUGGGGAUGGGACUGUGGAACGUUCUGGUGCAACAACAUCAUCGUGCAAACAGAUGAGUAUGGAGUCAUCUCCAAAGUCUCCGACAGGUACAAGCUCAUCGGAGACGUCCUGUUAGGACAAAUGGACCUGGGAAUCCAAAAAAUACAGAAGACAGACGGCGGGCCGUACUGCUGUAGAGUGGACAUAGAAGGGUUUUUCAAUGACAAGAAGGUGUCCUACACGUUGAGGGUCAUGAAAGGCAAGUCAUUCAGAUGCUUUAAAGCUGGAAAACCUUUGGAGAGCUUCUAUUUUACUGUAAUAAAUCUACAUGAAUUUUCAUUUCUGGCUUCAACGACAGUGCCUCUAACAACCCCGACCCCAAUUACUACAAGAUACGCAUCAACCGGCAUGAGCGAUUUCCUGACUUUCAAUCUGAAUUUCCUAGUGUCUUCACUGUCAGAUCAGUCCAGAGGAGCAGACUCAUCAUUCUCUGACAUUUCCUGGCAGAAUGUCACCCAUGUGCAUUCUGAGGCUAUGAUGGAGGAGCCGAUCUCUAAGAUCACGCUACAGAUAAACAUCCCCGUUCUGUCUCUGUCUCUCAGUCUGUUACUGCUCCUCUUGGGUGCACUGGCCCUUUUGACCUUCAAACGUGGCUUUUAUGGGAAGGCCUUUGACAGUGGGUGUUUUUCAAAGGAGCCCCGACACAUUAUUUAUGAAAUACGCACAAGAAGCACACUGGAAUAG